AUGUCUGCGCACACAGAGCCUACAAUCGACUCGUGGGUCGCUGCCCAGAAGCAGGCCUCCCAGCCCCUGGCCGACAAGCAUCUGGCCGCGUUCAAGGACCUCUUCAGCGGCACUGCCAAGACCCCAGGCGAGAUCUCCGAACUCGCGUCCCGCAUCGCGGAGCCAUACAUCAAGCCAUCUGGCGAAAGCCCUGUAGCUGGGCUGUGGUUUGCCAUCCAAGAUGCAGUAGACAAGCUGCCUUCUCAGAACGAUAAGCUGGCUGCUCUGGUAAUUGCUUUGCAGCGAUUGCCUGACGGGAAGGGCGUCAGUGGCCCCGAACCCUGGUUCAGUCACCUGCCCGAGUUCGACAACCAUUGGACUGAGUGGGUGGCUAUGAGCUUUGGCGACCUCAAGGAGGACGACCCCAACCGCCAGGCGAACCGCCAGGCGUGGGUGAACCAGAACAGUUUUAUGGCCAAGAUUACAGCACAAGCUGGAGGCGUCGAGAAGUUGCGCGAAGAGCGCCAGCGCGGUGGCGUCUGUCUGCGUAUGGCCUUGGAGCGAACUCCAUGGGAUAAGAACUCGCCGACCUAUCAAGCUCCUCCUGGACCGAUGGAAGACGCUAUGACUUUCAGUGACGAUGAAGAUAAUGACAAAGAUGAGGACGGUGUAGAAGGAGGAGAAGAAGAUGAUGAGGAGGAGGAGGAGGAAGCGGAUCCCAACACGAAGACCACUGUGCUAGACGCCCUCGUGCCCGCUGCUGCGCAAUGGAUCAUACACUGCCCUCGCGAGCUGUAUGAGAAGGCAGUGGAGGGUGGUGAGAUGGACUCGGAGUAUGACCACAACGGUACCAACUUCGGUACCAAGAAAGGCUGGAGUCUGGACCGCUGGGCGUACUGGCGGAAGCGGUUUGAGGAGAUCUCCAACAUGGAAAAUCUGGAGGAUAGUACGAGACGUAUCGCCAAGGCAUCAGUGGAGAAAAUGGACGCUACGUCCAAGGGAGCAUCCAUGUAA